ACUUUGUUUGUGCUAGUGAAAGUUAAUUUAAAUUUUCGGAUUUUUCGUUGUUAUUUGUGCUUUUCGUUUCGUGAUUUUUGUUUCUUUUCUUUUUUCAGGUAUAUUCAAAUGAAAAAUGGAUAAAGCUUUGAACUUCAGUGGGAUAUUGCGGUUGCAGAGCCGCGAUAACAAACAUAAAGUUAAACUAACACAAUUUACCAGUGUUGCUGGAGGGGUAAAAAAACGAUUAGAAACCAACGUGAAGAACAAGAGAAAGACAAGACAAUCAUUUUUUGACAAUUUUCGUAAUCUACCAGAAUGUGAGCCACAAGCAGAACCUUCAUUGACAAAAGGAGAACAAAGAAUGUUGCAGUUAAAAAAGUGGAAAGAAGAAAGGGAAAAGAAAAAGCAAGAAAAGUUGAAUUUAAAGAAAAAGCCUUUUAUUGUGGGCACGGUCAAGCAUGUUCUAACAUAUGAACCUCUGCCUUCCAUACUUCGGCCCAGCUCAUCAGGCAGAGUGGCAAGAUCCCAGACAAGUAAUAAUGUCACAAAUAAUGAGGAAGUUAAACAUAAAUACAAAUUCGCACCCAAAAAUGCUGCUUUUAAUCCUGUUCUUAAGGAUCUUGUUGUGCCUCCUUUGACUGUUUAUGGUAGAGAAAAAACUGCACCUAAAAAACAGCAGCCAGUGAAUAAUAACUUGCUUCCAAAGCCUGAGCCUAGAAAUUUACGUAGUAGAACAAAAUUAAAUGAUAACACAACUGUCAAACAAACCAGUAACCCAGGUCUGUUGUCAAAUAAAACAAAAUCAAAUACAAGAAAAACUUAUGUAAUUAAUGAACCCACAGCAAAGACUGACAUAGAAUCUAAAAUUAAAAAAAUUUCAUCAAGCAGUGAAGAAGAAACACUUGCACCUAAAGUUAAAAAAUCAGCUAAAAGUAAGAAAUCUGUUCUCUCUAAAGACCACAUUACAGACUCAAUUGGAAAUCCACCAGAAUCAGAUAAAAGUGUGCAAAUAAUAUUACCAAUAGUUGUAUCACCAACACCAAUUGAAAAACUAGCAGAGUGCUCAUCUCAACCAAGUAGUAUGGAAGCAGACGUUGAGAAUCCACAAAGUCCAAAAGCAACGCAAAGUUUAAAUACAAAAUCAACACCAAAUAGGCCUGUCAACACUUUAGAAGGCUUUACACCAAAGAAUCCAAUACCAAAAAGCGAGUCAAGCUCAGAAGAGAAGCUCCGUUCACCAAAAUCAAAUAAUACCGGGUGGACACCGGAACAAAUAGCAUUGGGUAUGCAAAUGAUCAGCCCUCGCGUUUAUUUGUCACGGGGAAAAGAGAAUAAUAGAAAGGAAAUGUUGAGGAAAAUUGCAGACGGCUUAAUGGAUGAUGAUUACUGUGACAUGAGUGUACACCAAUUCAAAAGCCAACUCAAUUCUGAGAUACAAAACAUGACGGAAAAGUGUGCCGCGUGGGACAAGAUAGCGGAGCAAACUACACUACCAGAUGAAAUACAAGAGGAGGUGCUGGCGGCGGUGGGGCAGGCGCGACUGCUGAUGGCGCAGAAGAUGCAGCAGUUCGCGUCGCUGGUGCGGCGCUGCGAGCUGCCCGAGCCGGGGCAGGCGCUCGUCACCACCGGAGACCUGCAGGGCUUCUGGGGCAUGGUGUUCAUGCAGGUACGCGCAGGAGAUGCAGCAGUUCGCGUCGCUGGUGCGGCGCUUUGUGCAAUAAUAAAUGAAUAAAACCCAAUUCCUUAUACACACAGUUGAGAUAUGGAAUACCAUUCUAGCUUUGGUUUUUCUAGAAGAUGCCAAUCUUUAAAUCAAGAGUG